AUGUCUGAGAAUACACCCCGCAAGAAACAAGAUUUCCCAUUGCGGAAAAGAGAAAAAAAACGUAUUUCUGAAGCUUCAUUUGUCAAGGGGAAGGAGGUUGAAGCAAGUAAAAGCUCGGAUACAUUGGAAGAAAAGGGAAUUAAGCUGAUUGUGAAAAAACAGCCUAUAUUUGCACCGCAGAUCAGUAUAUAUACUAACACUGACAUAGUCUCCGAGCUAAAAGAAAAUCUUACUCCAAAGCAGUACAAACAACUGGGUAAUACUUAUUUUGGAAAUUUCCUUCAAAUGAAGCGUUGUGAAGUCCAACAGCAACUCUUCAGAUGCUUCAUGGCUCUCCAGUUAGAAGGAAGUCCUGACAAUGUAUUUGCAAUACACGUCAAUGGUACUUCAUUAUCUUUCUCAAUAAGGGAGUUUGCGCUUGUGACUGGCCUCAAAUGUGUUGGUAACCCUGCUGAUUUUGAGUUCAAUGAAAAGGUUCCUAACCGGAUUAUUGAGACUUACUUUGGAGGUGCCAAUCUUGUCAAAAAGAAAGAUUUGAUGGAAUGCUUUGCUGACAAGAAUUGGGGUCACGACAACGAUGGGGAUGCCUUAAUGAAAGUGUUGUAUUUAAUACACACUUUCAUUUUUUCAUCCGAAAAGAACAGCACAACCAUCCCAAGGCUACAUUUUUACUUGGUCGAGAGUGGGCGCUAUUCUGAAUAUCCAUGGGGUAUAAAAGUAUUUGAAACCCUAACAAAAUCUAUUAGCAAGAAGAUGGAUGCUCAGAAGAAGUACUACAGGAUAGCUGGGAUGCCUCUAGCUAUGCAAGUGUGGUUUUAUAAGAGCUGUUCAAAAGUAGAUCCCAAAAUUGCACUCCGAGUUGAUAACGUGAUCCCCAGAAUACUCAAUUGGAGAUCCACCGGUAAUCAGCCAAACUUUGCUUAUCUGAUGAACGGCAUGUUCAAUGACUAGGGAAACAUGAUUGUUUACAAGGACAUCCAUCCAACCGAUAUAGAGCUUGCCGUUAUUCAGAUUCCUCCAGUAGGCGUUGCUGAUGAGAAUAGUCCUACUCCUACAAGAAGAAACAUGCUGCAAGUGUUGGUCCAUCUUCAUCACCGCCCCAUAAAAAGCGCAAGGAACAGAUUAUUCAUCCCUCAAAUACAGAGAAUCAAUCCAAGAUUCCUCCUGUUGGUGUAUCUGAAAUUGCACAAAAUGUUCUGCAUCACAAUCAGCUGGCAGAUUCCAAAAGUGAUGAAGUAUCUUUUUUGAGGAAAGACCUAAAUUCAUUCAAAGAAUACGUGAGUUUUUUAUCCACACAUUAAACAUUACAGUUUAGUGC